AUGGAACCAGAACACAACGUGGAAGAAGAAUCAACAACAUCUAUAUCAACUACAACACCACCUCAUUCACCACCUCAUCCACAACCUUUGUUGCCUUAUCCACACUUUACCAAUCAUACUCCAAUAUUAUUUCAACAUUCACCAAUAUUUGGUAAUUUACAGCUUAUUCGUAGUAAUCCUCAAUUAACUAAUUCGAUCGUCGAAAAUGAUGCAAGUAGUUCAAAUAGUACCGACUAUAAUAAUAGAAAUGAUAGAGGUCACACUUCUCCAGCAUUUACCUCGACUGCUACUCCUACUUCUACUACAAAUGUUCUUUCAAAAAUGAUUGAUAGUGAACAACAAGAAAGAUGUCAAAGUGCUGCUAAUGCUCUUCAACAAUAUUCUUUAUUUGCAAUGCAUGUAAUACCUAGUGGAGAGAUUAUAAAGAUGGCAGUCCGUGCACAAUUCGAAAAUAGCAACGAAAUUGGUGUAUUUUCUCGUUUAACUAAUACAUAUUGUUUGGUUGCGAUUGGAGGAUCUGAAAAUUUUUAUAGUGUUUUUGAAAGUGAACUAGGUGAUGUGAUUCCAGUGAUACAUACAUCAAUAGCAGGCACUAGAAUUAUUGGACGGUUAACAGCUGGUAAUCGAAAAGGACUUCUUGUCCCAAAUACUACAACUGAUCAAGAGCUUCAACACCUUCGUAAUUCAUUGCCUGAUUCAGUGCAAAUUCAGCGAAUCGAGGAACGAUUAUCAGCAUUGGGGAAUGUGAUUGCUUGUAAUGACUAUGUCGCUCUUGUUCAUCCUGAUAUUGAUAAAGAAACUCAAGAAAUCAUUCGUGAUGUUUUAGGGGUAGAAGUAUUCACACAAACUAUUGCGGGAAAUGUGCUUGUAGGUAGUUAUUGCGCAAUAAGUAAUCAAGGCGGCCUGGUUCAUCCAAGGACUUCUAUUCAAGAUCAAAAUGAAUUAACAUCUUUGCUACAAGUUCCAUUAGUCGCAGGAACAAUAAAUCGUGGAUCUGAUGUGAUCGGAGCAGGUCUUGUGGUAAAUGACUGGUGUGCUUUUACAGGAUUAGAUAGCACUUCAACAGAAUUAUCUGUUGUAGAAAGUAUCUUUCGACUACAAGAUGCACAACCUACAGCCAUUGUCAAAGAGAUUAGAGAUUCAUUGGUUGAUAGUUAUAGUUAG